UGGGAUUUUUGGACAAGCUAAAGGAAAGCUUUGGGGCUGAUGACAAGCCAAAGAGCUUUGAGGUGACCUUCAUGGAGCAGCACCUGGGCAUCUCGUUAUCGCCAGGCCCAAACGGAGAGUCUCGGGUGACCGGAGUGAGCAACGGCGGAGCGGCAGCAAAGGCCGGCGUGCGCGUGAACGACACCAUAGCAGCCAUCGACGGGAACGCGUCCCCCGCCGCCCACGAAGACCUGGUCGACGUCGUCCGUGCGAUCGGCCGACCUGUGGUGAUCGGGUUUCACAGGUCGGGUGGCGGCGGGAAGGAGGCGAAGGGUGCCGGGGCGACGGCCCAGGAACCGGGGCCCUUUCAGCGCGCGCAAGAUGCUGCUAGGCGGAAGAUGGACGAGAUUAAGGGUCCCCCACAACCACCGCCGAUGACGGCCGAGGCGAAGGCAGAGCGGAGAGAAGCCGCGCUGAAGGCGGCCGAGUCUCGAACCAAGGACUGGAACAAGCGACUCAACAAGGGGCGCCAGGCAUCACAGACCAAGUCUGGGACCGGUGGGGUGACCGAAAACCAAUUCGAAGACUCGGGCAAUGCCGAGACCAGGCGCAUGGUCGAGCUCGCGAAGCAGCAGGAAGCUAGGACGGCUUCUAGCAUGGGCUACAACCCGUACGAGGCCCGUCUGAUGGGAAACACGGCGGCACGGGCGGCUAUUUCUGGGGCCGGGGAUUCAGGGGCUGGGGCGCCUCUUACAUCUCCACCGCCUCCCGACAGACAAGCAACAACACCACCACCAGCGGCGGCGGCGGCGGCAACCGCAAACCUGGGAGAGAAGGAGGAAUGGAUUGGAGAGGAAGCUGCCAUGGCGGACGCUGUCGCGGCAGAAAUUGAGGGGGCGUUAGGAGCAGUUUUGGAGCAGGAGCCGGGGGUGUCGUUGACUGCCGUGACAACGAUGCUCAAAAUGAUGAAGAACAUGACGGCCAAGUCGUCCGACGACAAGUUCAAGAGGAUCCGCCUCGGCAACGCCAACUUCAACUCCAAAGUCGGCGGCAUUGACGGAGGACUCGAGGUGAUGACGGCGGCGGGAUUCUCGCUCCAAACAGACGGGGACGAGCCAGUCCUCCAACACGGCCCAUGCGACCCGGUCCCUUUGAGACUCACCGUGGCAAUACGCAAGCUCGCCCAGGCGGAAGCGAUGCUCAAAGAUAGCGGCAGCACCGCGCGUCCCGCGGGAUCCCGUUAAUACUUUGUUGGAAGAGUCUUGCACCCGCUCUGGAAUGUUGGUGCCCCUCAAUUCGGUUUUUUGACACUUGGAAAUGGUUAUGGUUGUCUAGGUGAUUAGACCGCAUGGAUGGCGAGUCUCUUUUGGGAGAGAUCCGCGAAUCGGUAGGUGCCACGGCGAUGUGAUCAGCGCUUUCGCGGGAUGGUGCCGUGUAUUAUGGCGUGUUGUGUUUUGUUUUUGCACAGGUAGGUAUUUUUAUGUCGAUAUCGUCGUCGUUGGUGCCGAUUUUGUGUUUGCCUUCGUGAACGGCGAUGGUUGUUUUGUCGUAGGGGGUGCAGGAGAAUGCAUGUCAACAUCACACCGUAGCCAAUCACUCCUCUUCGUCCCGCCAAUGCAUGCCGGUGAAGAUUAAUCCUGUUUGGUUUGGCAUGUUCAUGUACGAAAGCUGCAAAUCUUGAAUAUUUUCUGGUGCUAAUUUUCACAGGUUUGUGGCAAAGAUCAAGUCGCGCUUUGUAGCAGUAGUCAUUUCAUUUUUGGAAAUUUGAUCGGGGAGCGGUGGGAGCUUUGUG